CUAAUUAAGAGGUUGUUUGUUUCAAUAAAAUCCAAUUUUACAAUUUUUGAAGCAUAUGACGCUGUUAAGUAUGAGGUUUUGUUACCUUAUCGUUUUUGUUCAUUUACCACUUUUAUGUUUCUGGAGUGCUGCUAGUGAAAUUUGCUACGAAAGAAUAAAAGAAGGAAAAAUCACGAAAUGUUGUGAAAAUUAUUAUUUAGUGAAUAACACAUGUAUACUAGAAUAUAAAAUAGAUGACCCACAGACUUCAAAGUCUUCAAGAAUAUUUCCGAAAAGAAUCAUCGAAAGCACAAAUGGAAUCAGUAAAGCUAAUAGGAAUAUUCUUACACUUGUUACAUAUGGAUCUUUAAUGCUUAUUGUGUUCUUUAAGACCGUGACCUGAGAAAUUUUCAAGGAUUCAUUAGGAUAUACCCGUACAGCUAGGACUGACGACCUAAAUUAUCUUUAAAAUAUAGAUUAACUGGUGUUUGAAUUGAAAUUCUUAUGACUUUAUGAAUUCAAAAAAGUACGUAAAUUCACCACCAUUGUAUUUUUGUUGAAUUGAUACUUUCCAAA